GCGCAUUUUCCUAUAAAGACUCAUGACUAUUUAAGUGAUUUGCCACCAGCUGUAGAAACUAUUGUGGUAAAAAGGAAUUGGUUAUGUCCUUAUACUACUAAGCUUGUAGAUACCUUGGAUAGCGGACACUUUUUAGAAACAGAAAAAUUAGUUCUACACCUUGGACUGCGAAAAGAUUAUGUUAUUCACUACCAGGAGCUACAAUAUUAUAUAAAAUUAGGUAUGGUUGUUGACAAAGUUACAGAAAUCUUAUCAUUUAACCAAACUAACUGGCUUGAACCUUAUAUUUUAUUUAAUACGGAGAAACGAAAUGAAGCUAAAAAAGAUGGCAAUACAUUUCUAAGUAAUUUCUUUAAACUUAUAAACAAUUCAGUCUAUGGUAAGACUAUAGAGAAUGUUUGUAAAUACCAGGAUGUUAAGCUCAUGGCCAUGAAUAAUGAGCAAGAUGAGAAGAAGUUUAUUAAACAAGUUCGCAAGCCCUCUUUUAAGUAUGCUCGACUACUUGGAAAUACUUUAGUAGAGGCGCAUAUGGGAAAAGCUAGUAUAACUCUCAACAAGCCUAUCAUAGUUGGUGCAUCUGUUUUGGGACUUAGCAAGCUUCUUAU